AUGGUUGGAUAUGGUCAUCUCGACGGCACCAAAGCUUACCGCAUCUAUAUCCCAUCUCAGCACCGUGUCAUCCUUUCUCGUGAUGUCAUCUUCAUGGAGCCCUCUGCACCGCCUUCCGACGACUCUCGCGACCCUCCAUCGUCAUCUCCACCCACAUCCUCCUCACUACCUCCUCCUACACACCCUUCUUCCUUGGACCCAAUCUCCCCUCCCUCUCCUUCCCCCACCAUACCUUCCUCCACCAACCCCCACCCACAAUCCCCAAACCUGCCCGCACCAGCCACAUCUUCUCCUCCUCCAUUGUUUUCCAACCUUCCUCUGCCCUCGACGCCGCAAGACUUUCACCUUCCAUCCUUCUCUCCUCCCUCUUCGCCUCCCCCUCCCCAUUGCACGACUCGCUCCUCCCCGCCAUCCCCUUCAGCUCUUCCCGAUCCUUCCCUUUUCUCCUUCCUCAAGGUCUUACCAUCCCCUUCCGAACCCAUUGACUUCACUCUUCCUCCUCUUUCCAACACCUCUGCCAAUGCUGCCCUUCACCAUCAUUACGAACCUCAAACCAUUCAUGAGGCUCGUACCGGCCCUGAUGCUGCCGAAUGGAUCAAGGCUGCUGAUGCGGAACUCGCUGCCCUGCACGCUAAUGACACCUACAGCAUUGUUCCUCGACCACCCAAGUGCAAGCCGAUUCCAUGCAAAUGGAUUUUCAAGGUCAAGGAGAACGCUGAUGGUGAAUCUGCUGGGCGGGGUGCGUUUGGGGAUGUGUACCGCGCUGUGCCUCCCUCUGAUUGCACCACUUUGUGGGCUGUGAAGCGCGCCAAGCUCAUUGCUAACGACUUUGAUACUGAGGGGGGGGAGCCUCCAGUGCAUCCGGCGGUAGCGACUCCCACGGGUAGGCCCCGUGCUGCGGAAUGCCCGACGUUGCAGCCCCACCGUGCGACUGAGACGAGACAAGAUCUGGGUCGGCAGGGGCGGGUGAUGGAGAGGCAAGAGGAUGUGGUAGCUGAGGUGGAGCCGGCGGCGGCCCAACCGGUGGGGAUGGGCUCGGCGGCGGAUGUGGCGCCUCCGGACGCGACCCGUGGUGAGGAGCUGGGUUUGGCUGACGCUGAGGCCGACGCUGAGAUCGGCGCUGGGUGCGCCGAAACGCCUGCUGUUGACGAGGCCUUAGAGAGGCCCGAGCGCGACCUGGAGGAGUCUGGAACGUCGGCACAUGAGACCCACGGCGACGGGAAUGAUACUCGCGGAGCGGGUGCGCGGAUCCGCGCCCGACCAGCACCGACGCGGCUUGGAUCAGGGCGGGCGCCUGGUCGCCCGGGACCCCUCCGGGGCUGGCUUGUGCCAGCGCCGCCGCGACCAGAGCAAGCGCAUCGACCGACAUUGGCGCCGCGACCUGCCGCACAAGAGAAUGGAGGGGCAGCUACAGAAGAAGGUUCCGCGCGCCACAGGCGGCACAGGGAGGGGGACGAUCCGCGGGUCGAGCAGCCCGAGGCGGGGGACGAGGAGCGCGAGGGGACCAGGGAGAUCGCGGUGCUGUGGCCGGGGGGAGGGGCGGACGUGGGACCACCGGAAGGGCAAGAGCCCUGCUGCUAG